AUGACAGGACUCAAGGAAGAAGCCCAGGCUAACUCUGUGCCAGCAGCCGCGGAGAUUGUGCAUAACUGCAAAUCAGAGAGUAAGGAGUCAUUCAUCCUCAAGCUAGAUUUUCUGAAGGCAUAUGAUAACAUCAGGUGGGACACUCUCUUUCAAAUCCUACAGUCGAGGGGGUUCGGUCAUAGGUGGAUUCAAUGGAUCAGGAUGGUGGUGGCCUCUGGUAGUUCGAGAGUACUAGUGAAUGGGAUCCCAACUCAUAGAUUCUCAAGAGGCAAAAGAUUGAUGCCUUUGGCGACAUUCUACUUCAUUCUGGUAGCUGACUCUUUGAUUCGAUUUCUGCAUAGAGCCAGGACGGCAGGGCGGUUCCGCAUCAAACAUAGUCAGAGUACUGAGAUCGUCAUUUCUUAG